CUGUCGUGGAAGGUGUGGCAUGCUCACUUGGCGGUCGUGGCCCUCAUGCAUCGGUUGACAGGCGGCAGCGUUCGCUUCCUCGCGCACCGCGCUUUGUCGCCGUGCUCUCAUUCUGUAUCACGCGCGCUGCACCAUUUGGUACCGCAUAACCCGUUUGAACUCAAAGAGAACGAACUGGUUCCGGGAAUUCAAGCGGCCGAGUUCCAGCAACGACGAGAGCAAGCUGUGGACCUCCUGCCCCCUAACUCGAUACUCGUCCUCAACGCUUCCGAGGAAAAGUACUCGUCCCACGACAUCCCGUACGAUUUCCGACAAGACUCCCACUUUUUGUACCUCACGGGCCUCGACGAACCUGACGCUGUCGCAGUGCUCAAGAAGAAUGCCGACUCGACCUCCGAGUACAUUUUGUUCGUACGUCCCCGGGAUGCCCACAGCGAGCAGUGGGACGGCCCUCGCACCGACGUUGAGCUGGCUACGACAAAAUUUCUCGCGGACGCAGCUUUCACUGUAGACGAAUUCGAAGGGAAGUUGCUGUCGAUGGCCGCGCCGGACACGCAAAUCUGCUUGACUGCCCCCGUCCAAGGACGGUAUCCCCAGCGAUUCCUCCAAGCGUCACGUACAAUUGCACAGACGCACCAAUUUCAGAUGGCCGACGCACUCCUGGACUCACUGCGAGUAAUAAAGUCUCCUGCUGAAGUGGCCAAAAUGAAGGAGGCUGCGGACAUUGGAGUCGAUGCGUUUUGCUCGGUCAUGGCAUCGUGCGCUCCAGGGCAGCUGGAACUUGCGCUCGCGGGUCAUUUCGAGGCCAAGUGCCGCGCACGAGGCGCACCUCGCAAUUCGUUUCCGUGUGUGGUGGGGGCCGGCGCGAACGGGUCGGUUAUCCACUAUCUGUCAAAGAGAAGCAUGUUGAAGCCACACGAACUCGUCCUCAUGGACUCGGGCUGUGAAAUUACAGGCAACUACGUGAGCGACAUCACGCGAACGUGGCCCAUCGAUGGCCGCUUCACGACUCCCCAAGCCACAUUGUACAGUCUCAUCUUGGACGUGCAACUGCGUUGUUUGGAGGUACGAGGCGGUCGAUUCCCCGAGUUGAGCAUGAUUCCUCGUGGUCGUAGCGACUCAAGCUCGCCAUGGAGCGCAAAUCCACGUUGACGCUGGACGAACUGCACCAUUAUUCGGUGGGCUUGCUCGGGCAGGGCAUGAAAGACUGCGGCAUCAUUCCAGCGACUGUCAGUCUCAACUCGACCGAGUUCAACCACCUCUUCCGAAGCUACAACCCGACGCACUUGAGCCACUACCUUGGCAUGGACGUCCACGACACCCCGCGGUUUUCCCGAUCGUCGGCGUUGCGGCCAGGCAUGGUCGUGACGGUGGAGCCAGGGAUUUACUUGCCCAAGCACGAUACGAGGGUGCCUGCCGAGUUUCGAGGAAUUGGCAUUCGAAUCGAAGACGACGUGUUGGUACGUCACUUGCAACUCGAUGCAAAUGCCUUGAGAGGAACAGCUCAUGCUGUGGAUAGAUCACUGAAACGGGGAUCGAGAUUCUGACCAGCCGUGUCCCCAAGACCAUCGACGCCUUGGAGGGAUUCGUCGGGUCCGCCGCCGUGUAAAGAGUCAGCGAACACACGAACAAACAAACGAACAAUAGCCACGUAGACAGCGUGAGGAUAGUGCUAUUUUUUUCAAGUCCAACGAUCGACGCCCUCCUGCGAGCAUCAUUGCCUCUUUCGAUGGAAGUGGCCGCGCUCAGC